CUAGCAUGUUUCCAUUCUAGAUGAGGCUCACGACGACAAUUGUUAUCCAGCCUCUCUUUGUACAACUCUCCUUUCUUGUGACGCGCGCACCACUACUCCACCAUGCUGUUCGUGAAAUCCAUCGCUGUCAUCGCCGCCGCGACGCUAGGCUUUGCGGCUCCCCUACCUGACGCCAGUCGUCGUGUCGACAUCGAUGCUCUUCACAGGCAGGGUCCAGGGACGGUCGGAGACCCGAUCUAUCACUUCGGGCCGGUCAUCGACGCCUCGGAGAACGUAGUUCUGAACCACAUCAGCAAUACCAGUGCACACCCAUCAGCGACUCCGGUCUUGCAAUUCGGCGUGGCUGGCGACGAGGCGCUUGAAGUACCGUCAUUGCGAGUCCUCACACGUUCUGAGAGCAGCGCUGUCAGCACGUCCGUCCAGGCAUAACAGAGUCGUGACACGUACCUAGGAUAGGAAGUUCAAGCUGGAAUGUCUAAUUCUCGAGCGUCAUUCCGACCAGAGUGGAUCGGUCAGCGAAAUCAGUCUACAUAACAUGGCUUCCCUCAGCUGGACUGUGGGCCAUGCAACGAGCCUGAGGGAACGUGAACUAGUAUAUCAUCAUCACGCAAC